AUGUCUCGUCCUUCAGUGGCCUUCUGGUGUCCGGUCAAUACCCCGACGGUCAAUUCCCCAACAGUCAACUCCCCGACGGUCAAUUCCCCAACAGUCAACUCCCCGACGGUCAAUUCCCCAACAGUCAACUCCCCGACGGUCAAUUCCCCAACAGUCAACUCCCCGACGGUCAAUUCCCCGACAGGACAGUUCCCCGAUCACGCCUCUGUGAGGGAAGACGCCCCCGUUGAUGACACCGUCCUCUUUCAAGUCCUCUGCAGUUCAGGAUGCACGGAACUCUUCAUUCUUGCCGCGUCCCCCAAUGAGAAUGAGCAAUUCUUCAAAAUUCUCCAGAGCAAUGAUACAUCAGCCGAUCUGGGUUGGGCCAAACCCCAUGCCUUUGAGGAUUUCAUGGGCGAAGAUGAAAUUAUCAUAUGGCUUCAGGGAAAUUUGCAGUCCUUUGUCUUACUCAUCUUGCCUGUGAACGACAAAGUACCCUAUUGGGACGAUUUACCACUACAGAUUUCCGUUGAAGAAGGAUUCGUGGGAGAAGUGCCUGGAGCAAACAACGAGUAUUGGAUCAAGGCCUUAGAUGAUGACUUCGGGGACAGUGGGUCUCUCUCCUACAGCUUGAGUGUGAGUCACUCUCAUCCAAUCAUUGACACCCAAUAA